UUGUGCCAACAAGACUUAUCCUUUUCUUUCUCCCACUACAGUGUUCUCUCUCUGUCUCUGUAGCUCGAAAAAUGCUGACUCAAAACCUCUCUCUCUCUAAAACCCUAAACCCUUCUCUGUCUACCUUCCAAUUCCCAAACCCUCUCCACAAAACUCUACACCCAAUCCACCUCUGCCCUCAAAACCCAAAACCACUCCACAUCCACUGCCUCUACCAAAACCCUAACCCUCCAUUUUCCCGCCAAAAUGCCACACGCCGGCGAGACGUUCGCUCCUUCGCCGGCCGGAGCAAGAAGAAGACAGGCGGUCCCUCCCCCGGCCGCAUCGAAGGCAACGCCGAGCUCCGCCGUGAGGCCAAGCGCAACGCCCGCAAGCGAAGCCAGAAACUCGCCGAGAGCCUCUUCUACAGGCUCAAAAACCCUCACAAGAAUUACCCCGACAAUUUCUCCGAAGAAGAGCUUCAGAUGAUCGGUCUCGGCUACGAUCGAAUGGUUCGAUUCAUGGAAAAGGACGAUCCGAAUCUCAAGCACCCCUAUGAUUGGUACAAAUACGGUGAAUUCGGACCCUACUCGUGGCGAGGAGUGGUUUUGGGGGAACCGAUUCGCGGUCGAUUUUCGGAUGAGUGCGUGAGCAUGAUCGGCGAAGUUCGAGACCACGAAGAGUGGGAAAAGAUUGAGCAGUUCGAAAUGUCUCAAGAUUUUGGUAACAGGUUGAGCAAAUUGGAUAAGAAUGUGGGGUUUCGAUACUUUUGGGUUUUUGUUCGUCAUCCAAAAUGGAGAGUUUCAGAUUUGCCUUGGCAACAAUGGACUCUGGUUUGUGAGGUUGUGAUUGAAGCUGGGAAAAAACAGAGGUUGGAUAAGUGGAAUUUGAUGGGUAGGCUUGGGAACAAGACUAGGGAAUUGAUUACCAAGUGCGCGGCGUGGAUGAGACCGGAUAUAAUAUACGUGAAGAGGCCGGUUUAUCAGUGUAGGUUUGAGCCUCAAGAUGAGUUUUUCCAGGCAUUGACACCGUUGCUUGAUCUGGAGACGGAGCAAGAUUUCUUGUUUGAGUUGGAAAAUGAUGAUGGGAGGGUUGAGCUGUGUACUUAUUUUGGUGGGUUGUGUAAGAUUGUGAAAGUGAAUCCGAAGGCGUUUGUGGAUGAUGUUGUUAAGGGUUAUGAGAAGUUGAGUGAUGAGAAGAAAUCUAAGUGUUUGGAGUUUUUGCUGGGGAAUCAUCCGGUUUUGCUUUUGCAUCCGUAUACGAAGGAGUGGAAGGCUAAGUUGGAGGAGGAGGAGUUAGGUUGUGAUGCCCCGGAUGAUGAUGAAGAUCGCGGUGGCAAUGUGGGUGAGAAGGAGAUUGUGGAUUGGAUAGAGGAUGACGGGGAAGAUGUUGGUGAUGGUGAUGAGGAUGAGGAUGAUGACGAUCAAGAUGAUGUUGUUAUGGACGUGGACGGAGAUGAAGACGAUGUAUUGGGUAUUAAAGACGAGGAGGAGGAGGAGGAAGACUCGAGUACAGAAAAGAAUGUAGAGUAUUGGGAUGGGGAGUUUAAGAAGGCACUGAGUAGCAAUGAAGCAAUGGAAAGUAUUGCCAAACGAAGCUUGGAGAUGUCUACAAGGUUAUACGAGAAGCAAUUGAGGACUAUGGAGGAGAGCAGGAAAAAAGUAACCCCUGAAGAUGGAGAUGAACUGGCAAUGAGGGGUACCAGAGCAAAGGUUAGUCCAAAAGAAUGGAAACAAGUUGGGUAUGGUCCAUACAGGAGGAGGGUUAAGAAGAGUAGAAUCCCUCCUGAGCUGUUCUUGCGCGCUGCUGUGAGGCCAUUUACUUACAAGAACCUUGUUAAGGAGAUUGUUUUGACGAGGCAUGCAUUAUUAGAUGGUGAGAUUGGUAGGAAAAAAUGAAGCGAUGUGAUACCAGCCAUGAUCAGAUUCUUUCUGCAAAUGAUCUACAAAUAUGAUUUUGCUGCCUCCAUUUUCCUUUGGACAACAUGGAGAAAGUUAGGUAUGCGCAGGAAAAUGAUGUUCGUGUCACUGAAUGUUAUUGUGCUCUAAUUGUUUUUCAUGAUGUUUUUUAAAUUUCUAAAUUUCUUCAAGAGGUCUCGAUGAAUUUUGUGUUUUUGAAGCUCA